AUGGGAGAUGCAAGGAGUUCGGGAAAAGGUUGCACGUGGAUGAUUCGCAUCACACUUCGGCAGCGAAAGAGGACUUGGGAGGUUAGAAGAGCCAAUGCAGCGGUUACGAUAAACGUGUUGCAAGAAGCUAUUGAGGCAACCUACGGAUUCAAGCCUAGUUACAGGAAGGUGUGGAUGGCAAAACAGAAGGCAACUGCACAAAUCUACGGGGAUUGGGAAGAGUCGUAUGCCGAGUUGCCCCGUUGGAUCCUUGGUGUGCAAUCCACGAUGGAUGGAACCGUGGCGCUAUUGAAGACUUCUCCGGUACGUGUCGGUGAUCAGGUUGAUGAGUCUACAGUGUACUUUCAUCGUCUUUUUUGGAUAUUUUCUCCAUGCAUUGAGGUAUUUAGACAUUGCAAGCCACUAGUCAGCAUCGACGAGACUCAUUUGUGUGGGAAGUACGGCGGCACUUUGCUUCUGGCUAUCGCACAAGAUGGUAACUUGAAUAUCUUGCCCAUUGUCUUUGCACUUGUGGAAGGCGAGAAUGCGGAGCCCUGGGAUUUUUUCUUAUCCAACUUGCGUCAACAUGUGAUCCCACAAGAAGGUAUUCUGGUGAUCUCUGACAGGCACAAUGACAUUAAGGUUACACUGGAGGCACCUGACAGUGGUUGGCUACCACCUUAUGCAUAUAGAGCGUUUUGCAUUCAUCACGUUGCAGCUAAUUUCGCCCUCAGUUUCAAGGGUCAGGAUACGAGAUUGCUACUUAUGAAUGCAGCUUAUGCCAACACUGAGGCAGAAUUUGACUAUUGGUUUGAUAUUAUGAGGACUGAGAAUUCGACCAUGUGUGAUUGGACGAACAGAAUGGGGUACGAUAAGUGGACCCAACACCAGGAUGGAGGCAGAUGGUUCGGCCACAUGACGACGAACAUAUCCGAGUGCGUUAAUCAUGUAUUGAAGGGCACACAAAAUCUGUCGAUCACUGCAUUGGUGAAGUCCACAUACAGAAGGCUUGUAGAACUUCUUGUCAUUCGAGGACAGACGGCAGAGGCACAAUUGGGAACUGGGCACCAGUUUUGCCAAGCUUUGGUGAAGGCAAUAGAGUGCAACUUGAGAGAUUCGAGAUGUUUUACUGUCACUCUGUUUGAUAGGCAUCAAUCUGAGUAUACUGUGGCUAAGAUGACCCCUACCAGUAACUUCUCGCUCGGUAAAUAUCGGGUUUCCCUCAGGGAUUGCAUGUGUGACUGCGGGUACUUUCAGGCUCUCCAUUACCCGUGCUGCCAUGCGAUCUCAUACUGUGCUCAGUCCUGA